AUACAAAACAAUAGCGACUUAAACUUAAUCCAAAAUACAAAUAAAAUGCACAAUGUCAUUCGUUAAUCCCCUAAUCUAUCUCAUCGUGAUUUUUCGGAUUGGUGGUACGAAAAUUCCCGUGCUUGAAUGUGGUAGGAUAUACGUGUCUUCCACUAAAGGAUCCAGCUUCAUCUUGCAUCUCAUUUACAGUCAACUGAAGUGUGUCCAUCUGGUUGGAUAUAUGCCCAAUAUAAUUCGGCAUAUCAUCAUGUGAUUCCAUGUAUCGUUAAGGGUGAUUAGUGGAACGAAAUUAUUUGGUUGUGUCAUUCGCUCUUUCAUGGCCUCUUCAUCAGUCUCGUCCUCGUCUUCAUUUACAUUGUUAGCUCAGAUAUACACACCAUCACACAACCAGAAUUAUCUGGUUUUUAACUCUUAAGCAAAUCUCGUCACUUAAAUUCAUAUUAAAAUGCUCAAAUUUCAAAGUCAAUAUGAUACCAUAUGGAAGAAUCUUGCUCUAAUUAUUCACAACAGCAAGCAUAUUAUUGAAAAUCAUAUAUGACAAGUUCACCUUUAUAUGGCCGAGUAGGUGAGUGAGAAGCUCCAUGUCAAAGUAGAUAAUUGUUACACGAUGUCCACCAUUUGGAAGAAUGUGUUCGAACUUGGCCUACUACGUACGGAUGUCAACUUCUUCACCAUUAGGAGGCCACAAACAAUUCGUAUUUUGAUAUCCCUUGAAUAGCGAGUUUCAUUUCAAAUACUAAAAGAAAUGAUUUUCCUUCCACUAUUUGGAAUUUCAAAUACAUAUGCAAACAUCUAUUAAGUGAUAGUCAUCUCAACCACAUUUGCAUAGGAUAUAAAAUAUUGUACCAAUUUUGGAUAGUAAGACACAUCAAGUUUUAGUGGCACUAGGAUUCUUAUAUUAUUUUUCAUGCAUUUUUUGUAGUGUUCCAUGUGAUUUCAAGCUAAAGUAUUCUAGUGGACCAUCUUGUACGAGUGGGGAACAUCAAGGCAUGAUGGAUAGAAGUCAGAAUUAGAGAAUGGAUCAAAGUCUAGAAAAUGGCAUGAAAUUAGUCGACCCUAGCCCAAAAUGGCGCCUGGGCUGCCAUUUCUGGGAGUCUCCAGACCGAGCUCAGAUUUGGAAGAAAUAUGCUAAACUUGGUAGCCAAGCUUGAAGAUACUCGAAGGAGCUCGGCAGAUGUGUAUUAAACCAACUUUUCCUGGCAGACAACCUUAUGCAAAGGCCUAUAAAUAAACAUCUAGGGGAUAGAAGUUUGACAGCAGUGAUAAGAGGCAUUAAAGGAUCAUUACUUGUCUUUAGAUUAUUUAGAGAGAUUGACACCAUAAGAGCAAUAGUCUACAUCCUAAAACCAGACCACGGAACAUGAUUUUUCACCAUUGAACACCAUAUCAAACUUUAUUUCCCUCUUGUACUGACUUGAUUGGCAAGGAAACUUGGUAGGAUGUUCCUCAAUUAUAAAAUGAAAUUCUUUGAUGUUGUAUCAAGGUUUUCAACUAGUGGACUGACUAGUCGAUCGAAUCAAUUUGACUCGAUAUCUUAAAAUUCCAAUAAUAACAUAGUAAAUGAGUCUGCACAGACUCAAUCAAGCCCACAAGAACCGCUUAGUUCAACCAACUGGUUAAAUUUUUUCUUAAAAAACCGAGAAUUUAAUUAUACAUGUUGAGGUUAAAACCAUGGAUCUCAAGAAUAUAGGUAAAUUGUUUUUACCACUACACUAUAAAAUUAAUUGUGUGCAUAUCUUGCUAUUUCUUAUUUCAUUCAUCUUUGGGUCAUGAUAGAAUAUUUUGUUAGUUACAUACUACAUGAAUUUUAAGGAAAUUGAUUUGAGUAUGAUGUGAUUGAUGUUCAAAAUUUCUCAUAUGGUUGAUGCAAUCCAGAUGAAUAUGGAUAUUGAUGGUCCAUUUUUGAAGAUUGAGUGCUUUGAUUUUUAUAUUUUGAACUUUAAGUGGUAAUAUUAGAAUAUUGAUGUUAUAUGUUUAAUUUUAAGUAUGUUAGAUACUUUUACCAUAUUGAACUUAAGUGUAAACGUCUUGAAGUUGACGUUACAUGUUAUAUUCAAGUAUCAGUAUUUGUUAUCUUGAUCUACUGUUAUAGUUUAUAUGAAGGUGAAUAUUGGGAGAUUGUUGAAAAAUGUAAUGACAUUUUUACGCAUCCGGGAUAAAUCAAUUUGAUAAAUAAACCUUAACUCACUUACUCGACCAUACAAAAGAUUGAAACCAGGUUGAAUUGUAUUUUUUUCGGGCUAUGUUUGUUUUUAAACCAUCCAAAAAUUUAGGAUAUGCCCAUAAUGACUUUCAAGUCACCAUAACUUGGACAAAAAGGUCCAUCACAUCUGAAAAUGGUCGUCUGAAUGGAACACUUACAAUGCGACUAACCAUUACAAAUGAAAAGAAUGGUUGAUCGGUUAUAUGUUGUACUCGACCUAAUGGUGUAAAGGUCGACGUUCAGAAAUAAUCUGGCCAAUCACACCAAGAAAAGGUCGGUGUUCAGAAAUAAACUGGUUGACUGCACCAUGGAAAGGUCGACCGGUUGGGGUUAACGAUAUCUUCAUACCUCAAGCGAAAGCAUCAAGAGUGCUCUAAUGACAAUAAACCCCGUGAUUGCACUUGAAAGAUCGACCAGUCAGUCGACAUGCAUGGUUGACCUGUUGAUCUACACGUAUUGCACCAACAACUACCUUUGAUGUUUGACGUCUUUUCUUCUUCGCGAGGCUUAAAAGCACAAUAAUUUGUUACAUGAUUUUUAAAGUGAUAAACAAAUAAUGUAGAUUGUUAUUUAUGAGGCUUAUGUUGUAAUUAACUCGACUUAGAUGGUAGCGAAGUAAUUGUUUAAUACUAAACUAUUUCUAAUAAGGUAAUUGUCAAUCGAUGUUCUAUGGUUAAUUUUAAGUAUGUUAGAUAUUUUUAUAAUAUUUGAACUUAAGUGUAAAUGUCUUGAAGUUGACGUUAUAUGUUGUUUUCAAGUAUAACAUUUGUUAUCUUGAUGUAAUGCUCUAUUUUAUUUGAAUUUGAAUAUUGGGAGAUUGUUGAGACUCAACAUUUUUUACGCAUCCGGGAUUAGUCAAUUUCAUCACUAAGCCUUAACCCACUUCCUCGACCAUACAAAAGAUUGAAACUAGGUUGACUUGUAUUUUUUUGUUUUACGGGGUAUCUUUGCUUUUAGACCAUCCACAAAUUUAGGGUAUUGCCCAUAAUAACUUUCAAGUUUCAAGUCACCUUGACUUGGACAAAAAGGUCGACCAAAUAUGAAAAUUGUCUACUCAAUACUCUUACAACGAGACUAACCAUUACAAAUGAAAAGAAUGGUUGAUCGCUUAUAUGUUGUUGUCAACCUGAUGAUGAAAAGUUCGACGUUCAAAAAUAAACUGGCCAACCGCACCAUUGAAAGGUCGGUGUUCAGGUCUAAUUUGGUCGACCGCACCAUGGAAAGGUUGACCCGAAGAUAUCUCCAUAACUCAAGUCAAAGUCGUGGAGAGUGCUCUAAUGACAAUGAACCUCAUGAUUGCACUUGAAAAAUCAAUCGGUCAGCUGACAUGGUUGACCUGUUGAUCUACACGUAUUGCACCAACAACUACCUUUGAUGUUUCGACGUCUUUUCUUCUUCACCGGGCUCAAAAGUCACAAUAAUUUGUUUACAUGAUUUUAGAGUGAAACAAAUAAUGUAGAUUGUUAUUUAUGCAUACAAAAAUUAGACAUAUAUGUAGAACUUCAAAAGUUUAGGUACCAAAAUGUAAUAUGCAUAAAUUUUAGGUACUAAAAUUUAAUGUUCCAUCAACAUUUUGAUGACUUAUAUGUCAAAAAAAUAAAUCUAGGUUAUAAAUAUAAAGAUUUAUUAAGUUCAGCUACCAAACUGUAAUUUGCAUAGUUGAGGCUUAAUUCCUUUUAUGGUGAUGUAUCUAAGAUGAUAAUUAUUUACCUUUUUAUAGAAAAAUGGAAACUAUUUAUUUUAUAUGUGUAGAUACCUAGCCAAACAUUCCAUGUAUAAUUAUUGAAAAUUCUAACCCGGGUGAAAAGGAAAACUCUGGAGAGAAGUAAAAAGAAUACAAACUGAAACUCGCUUAAAAUUUCACGCCUUCAAAUCCCAUAAUGAAAAAUGACGACAUUCUAAUAAGUAAUAACCAUAUAUAUUUAUUUUUAAUUAGACUCGGCAUUGAGCUAAAAAAGUUAGUGGUUCAUGCUUCAAUUAUUAAUUCCCUAGACUGUUGGUGAGUCGUGUAUGGACCCUUUCAUACUUGUGAUUCGAAUACAUAAAAAUAGUAUACUAAUUAGGGUUAGACGAAGAAGGCAAAGAAAGAAAUAAAGAAAGGGUCAUGGAAGGCGAGUGAAAAAUGAAAUGAAGAGGAAAUAGAUGAUGGAAUGUUUUGAUUAAUUCUUUUAGUUGGUCGUCAAUACAACAGUGAACCCUUUUAGAUGUCUCAUAUUUUGUAACAUGUAGCUAGUAGAAGUUUGUUUAGUACCUCAGAAAUGUACUAAAUGUGUUUAUAAGUUCGCUCUUGCAAUAUUUUAGAGCCGUCUCUCUUUUAUCAUUUAUUUAAUGUUUCACGUUAUGAGCAAAUAUAAAAUGACCGAAUCUUCUCCUAAAGUUGAGUGAUACAACAUCUUGUAUUGUACAUACUAAAUUUAUACUUUUAUGUUAUGGUGGAUUGGAUUCAUAGAUUCAAGUGAAAUCUAAACGUUGGACCAUUAUGUAUAUUUAACUAAAAUUGGGGAUUAGGUAGAAAAAUCUCAAAAAAUUUAGAUACUAAACAUAAUUGUUCAAUUAUUUUACAUUAAAAGUGAAUUUGGGGUCUCUAAAUGUAAAAUGUAAAUUAUAGUAACUAAGUUGUGAUUUAAUUAAAUUUGGGGUAUCAAAUUGUAAAUAAUUAUGCAACAGUAAACAAACUUCAGAUUUAUAUAUAGUAACUAUUUCUAAUAAGGUAAUUACCAACCGAUUGACCGUGUUUUUUUUGUAAUCGUAACAUCUUAUCGAUAAUUUUUCGAGAGUGACUUACCGUAUGUAACUUCCAAAUCAUCGAAACAAAGUCCUAAAAUUUAAACAACCUAGUCUAGUGACAUUUAUAAUAUUAUGUUCAAAUUUGGCUUUAAUUAAAAGGAAAAGGCAUGCAUAUUAUAUAUAACAUACAAGAUCGUGCACCUGUAAUUAUCAACAAAAUCUUUUCAUCAACGAGCGUGUGGAAUUGAUCACUUGUGAUCUUUGAAUUCAGAUCGUGAUUCCAAAUCAUCAUCCGUCCAUGCCAAUAUUUAAAAUCUCCAGAUACGCUAAUAAUUGUUCACUAUCACUAGUCGAUACUCGAUCCCUCCCAAUUCUUUUAUGUGGUCAAGCGAGGUUAAUUAAUUAAUUUGUUUUAAUACAAUUUAUUGGUAAAUUGGACACUAGCUAUCACUAGUUGCUCCAAUCCCGGCACUCUUGUCGGUUUCUAACAUAUUGCACCAUGGAUUGUUUGAUUGUUAAAUUGGUCACUAUUGCAAGUUAUUUAAAGUGGAUUCACUAGUUUAUAUUAAUUUAUGUUGUAUUGUAAAUUUUUUGUUGUCACAACAGCGGAAGAAAUUUUCAAAUGAAUUAUGAGUAAUUGAGAUGAAAUUUUCAAAUGAAUUUUACGGUAUUUUUAUCUAUUAUAAUAAAAUGACAUAAUUAUCUUUAUUUAUUAACUAAAUUACUUCUACAUAUAUUAUUUGGCGCCUAUACACAAAUUAUACACGCCUAACCCUCAUCUAACUCACUAUAUGUUAACCUAAUAUAGAUCGUUUUUCCUGAAUCAUGCAUUUCGAGCGACUCCAAAUUUCAAUCUGAGGGCUAAGCGGCAAUCUACUAUUUGACAAUGAAACCAACUUUACUGCUAUUUCCAACCUACACACCCAACGUCGUCAUCAGGUUAGGUUGGUUUAUAUAUAUGCGUUCCUUUUGCGGUUACUUUGAUGGAGAUUGUUUAUAUAUAUAUAUAUGAACGGUUCUAUCGUACCUUGAUUAAAAUCAAAGGUAUAGUAUACCUUGAGUAAAAAAUGAUAUCUAAAUAUUGAAUUGACCGGAGUUUGGGACAUGAUACUGUACUUUAAUCCUUAGAGAUUAAAAUCAGGGUCUUAAUUCUACAAAUCUGUACACCUUGAGUAAAAAAUGAUAUCUAAAUAUUGAAUUGACCGGAGUUUGGGACAUGGUACUGUACUUUAAUCCUUAGAGAUUGAAAUCAGGGUCUUAAUUCUACAAAUCUGUACACUAAGAUCAAUUUGAUUAGAAACAACAAUCGACGACACGAUUCGUCGAAAUAUAUGCAACAAAUUACGUGCGUCAUUUUGGGGUUUAAGGUAUUUGAUUUAGAUAACUAAGAUCUAGGGUUUACUCAUUAAGGGUUAGGGCAUAGUAUCAUGGCCCAAAAUCGGGUCAAUUCAAGGUCUAGAUAUCGUUUUCUUACUCAGGGUAUGUCAUACCCUAAAUUUUACCCAAGGUUCGAUAGAAGCUACCAUAUAUAUAUGGCUACUUCGGUGCACUCAGUGCACCCAACUCUAAAAGUGUCCAUAAUAUAUCAAAUUUUGAACUUUAAUUAGUACUCUCAAUCUAAUAUGAUGAUAUGACAUAGAAUCAUAACAAAUCAAUAUAUUACCCUAACUCCUUAACCUUCAAUUUUGAAUCCCAACGUAAAAUUCCAAAUUGUAAACUUAAACCCUAACCCUAAACCCCUAAAUCUUUCAAAUUAAAGUGAAUCUCAAAU